GCCGCCCGCCCACCCGCCCGUCCCCGGCCGCAGCACUGACGUGUCCCUCGGCCGAGCCGCGCGCGGCCACUCGGCAGCCCCAGCAGCCGCCGCCAUGGCCAUCAAAUUCCUGGAGGUGAUCAAGCCCUUCUGUGUCAUCCUGCCGGAAAUCCAGAAGCCGGAGAGGAAGAUCCAGUUUAAGGAGAAGGUGCUAUGGACCGCCAUCACCCUCUUCAUCUUCCUGGUGUGCUGCCAGAUCCCGCUCUUCGGCAUCAUGUCUUCCGACUCGGCCGACCCUUUCUACUGGAUCCGUGUCAUUCUCGCCUCCAACAGAGGCACGCUGAUGGAGCUGGGCAUCUCGCCCAUCGUCACGUCCGGCCUCAUCAUGCAGCUCCUGGCUGGCGCCAAGAUCAUCGAAGUCGGCGACACGCCCAAGGACAGAGCCCUGUUCAACGGAGCCCAGAAGUUGUUCGGCAUGAUCAUCACCAUCGGCCAGUCCAUCGUCUACGUCAUGACCGGCAUGUACGGGGACCCCUCGGAAAUGGGGGCUGGGAUCUGCCUGCUGAUCACCAUCCAGCUCUUUGUGGCCGGCUUGAUCGUCCUGCUCCUGGAUGAACUGCUGCAGAAAGGCUACGGCCUGGGCUCCGGUAUCUCCCUCUUCAUUGCCACGAAUAUCUGUGAGACCAUCGUGUGGAAGGCGUUCAGCCCCACCACCGUCAACACUGGCCGCGGCAUGGAGUUUGAAGGGGCCAUCAUCGCCCUGUUCCACCUCCUGGCCACGCGCACCGACAAGGUGCGGGCCCUGCGCGAGGCCUUCUACCGCCAGAACCUCCCCAACCUCAUGAACCUCAUCGCCACCAUCUUCGUCUUUGCCGUGGUCAUCUACUUCCAGGGCUUCCGCGUGGACCUGCCCAUCAAGUCAGCGCGCUACCGGGGCCAGUACAACACGUACCCCAUCAAGCUCUUCUACACCUCCAACAUCCCCAUCAUCCUGCAGUCUGCCCUGGUCUCCAACCUCUACGUCAUCUCCCAGAUGCUCUCGGCCCGCUUCAGCGGCAACCUGCUGGUCAGCCUGCUGGGCACCUGGUCUGACACAUCCUCCGGGGGCCCCGCGCGGGCGUACCCGGUGGGGGGCCUCUGCUACUACCUGUCGCCCCCCGAGUCCUUCGGCUCCGUGCUGGAGGACCCCGUGCACGCGGUCGUGUACAUCGUGUUCAUGCUGGGCUCCUGCGCCUUCUUCUCCAAGACCUGGAUCGAGGUCUCGGGCUCCUCGGCCAAAGACGUGGCCAAGCAGCUAAAGGAGCAGCAGAUGGUGAUGCGCGGCCACCGGGAGACGUCCAUGGUCCACGAACUCAAUAGGUACAUCCCCACGGCGGCGGCCUUCGGCGGGCUGUGCAUCGGGGCCCUGUCCGUCCUGGCCGACUUCCUGGGCGCCAUCGGCUCGGGGACGGGGAUCCUGCUGGCCGUCACCAUCAUCUACCAGUACUUCGAGAUCUUCGUCAAGGAGCAGAGCGAGGUGGGCAGCAUGGGGGCGCUUCUCUUCUGAGCGCCGCCCCCGGGCCCGGGGCCCGCACAGGAGCUCGGGAUGGCCGCGGCCGGGCGCCCCCGCCCAGGGCCCCGCUGCGGCUUGUGGACUUGGCGAACGUUUGUUUGUUUGUUUGUUUGUUUUUUUUCCUGAAUUUCAUAGUCUUUUCAUUCCAUGUUGUAAAGUGCUAGGAAUCUCCCGGUUUGCAGUUUUUGCUUUUCCCCCCCUGGCACUGGCGGAAGGACUGCGGAGGCGAGGUCGGGGCCGGUGCCGGGGCUGGGGGUGGCACUUGCCCCCCCCGGAGUUCGAGUGACUUUGGUUCCCACCUUCCCCCUUCUUGGUACCGCGGGCUCGGCUCUCCCCGCCGAGGGGGUCUCGCCGCUCAGAAGCACAAAUCCUUUCCGAAGGCUCUGUCCGGUGGCAGCUGUCGCCUGAGGCCGGGGACGGGCGGUGACAGGUGUCUCCGUCAUCACCCAGGGACUGUCCGGCUUGCAACGGUUCCUUGGGAAGACACCAUCGUUUUCCCGCUGAAAAAAUUUAGUAUUUCAAGGGCAGCUGCUUCCCCAGACAAGGGCUCCGGCGGAGGGCGUUUGCUUUGCAUGCACCAACCCGGGUUCAUUCCCGUGCCCCUGUAGGGCCCCCUGGGCACUGCCAGGCGUGGCCCCAAACAAACAAACAUUGAGAGACUCACUCAGGGCCUCUGCUCGAUUUUCCCCGUGGCCUGCAUGGAGCGAGGCUGGGAAUUCUCAGCCCCCCCGGGUUACCCCCAGCGGCGCUCCGGAGGCUUACAGGGGUCCAGGCGUGGUGCCCGCCCGUUCAGCUCUCCCGGUCAUCAGUGGACCUGGCCCCCAGGAAGGGGCGCGCUCCGUGGCGGCCACCCCCGCCUCCCUGCCGGGCCACUACCGCCUUCAGGCCCCAGACUUCCACUCAUGUCUCUAGGCUCUUGUCUCACGCGUAGGACCAAAUGCGAGCGAACCCCGGCACCCCCUCCCCGCCCCCGGAGGCCCAGCCCCGGCGACACGCCUGGCUAGGCCACCCCGGUGCCUGGCAGACACCCCGGGCCUGUCGGGAGUCGGUUCUGUUUGCAAUAAGGGGUCGCUUGAUCUUAGGGCUUCACACUUCUUCCAUGGCCUCCGCGAGGCCCCUCAGGGGCCAGCACCCGCAGGGGCGCCCGGCCUCCGGAGCACAGAGCCAGGGUCACCCGCCCUUCCUGCGAGGGGCUGGACACUGCCCCCAAAGCCACGGCCAGUCAGCGGCGGCUCCAGCCAGCCGACACCAUGUCACACGCGGCCUUGUCAGACCCAGUCCCGAGCAGACGCGCGAGCUCCCCCCUGCCCGGCUCCCGUGAGGGUGGGCGCCGGCCAGGAGCCCAGCGUGCCCACAGCUGCAGCCCUGGGACUCGCGCUCACCGUGGGUGGGGGCUGACCCCGACUUCAGGGGACUGUCACUGUGGACGCCGAAACGGCAUAACUGAGAUAAGGUGAAUGAGUGACAAAUAAAGGCGACUUUUUCCAAGCCCUUG